CUUCUAGGGUUUAUCACAGAUGCUCAAAGUUUCUUCUAGGGUUCACUACAGAUCAGUGAAGAAGACUAUUCCUGAAGAAUUGCGUGAUCAUUGGAUUUAUUAUUGCGUGAUCAUUGGGUUUAUUAUGUUUUACAAUAAAUCUCAGGGUUUUCUUUUCAGCUUCAGAUACAGAACUGAGCUUCAAUAUUUCAGUUUUCAUUUCAGAGGAAAAUAAAAAAUGAAGGAGAACAAGGCUUGUAAAGGACAGCAAGAAGUGGUUUAUGCUGGAAAAGAUUGAUUCGUCUGAAGUGUAUUGGGGUCAUUUAUAUGUGGUUCCGGUUUCUGGUGAGGUAGGUAGUCGUAUUGGGAAGGAAAUCAUGGAAAUGGGCAUUGAGUAUAAGGGUUGGAAUGUGUAGUACAAGGUGAAUCUGGAAGGAAUGGAAGUUUCCUCCUUUUGGUUUCAGUUGGUAUCUGUUGGCGAAGGAGAUGCAAACUCACCCAAGUUGGUUUAUGCUGUUUCAUCAUUAUUAAAAGUUGGUUAAGUUAUCAUGGAUUGGCUCAUUUACAGUUCGUACAUAUAUCGAAUUACUCACUUGUGUGUGAUUCAGUAUCUGAAUAGAUCCUUAAUUUUCUGAUCUUUGAUUGCAAGUUUAAGUUCAGCAUAGUUUAAAAAGGUUAAAAUGAAAGAAUUUCCUCAUAGGUACAGAGAGAAGAACAUAUCAUUCAUCGGCAAACAGAAAUUUUAGUCAUGGAAUCUCAAGAACUUAGUUGAGGCAAAACUCAAGAGAAAACUUAUGGAUGUGCUAUUCUAAAAGUUGCAUCUUCGGAUGCUGUCUGGAAGGGACUUAAAUUUAUUUCCAUGGAGUUGGAUUUUCGAUCGAUGAUUGCAAUGUAAUAGUUGUUGAUGAAGAAGCAGAAGAGUCACCAAAAUGAGCUGAAGAAGUUUUAUGAUAAGUAUACCGAAUUUAUCACAUGUGUUUGAUUUUUCUCGUCAGAAGAUCUGGCUUUUGUGAUUUUCAUAUUAUCGAUGAUUUGGUAGCUACUUAUGAUCCUGUUCGUGGUGUUCCGUACUUCAAUUCUGCUAGCCACUUUCCUGUAAAAGAAUUCCCAAGACUAAGCGUAGAAAAAAUCAAAAUUAUACUACUUAUAAAAUCCACUGAAGGUUUUUUCAAAGGAUCUUUGGUUUGGGUAUUGUAUUUAGAAAGAGCCAAGAUGGCUAAGAAUCCAACUGGGAAGAAACUUUUUGUGGUUAUGGCGUCUAAAGAAAGUAAUUUGUGCCUGGCUACUGAUGUUAAUUUCUUCUGCUAUUGCUCUACAUUGCUGGAAAAGUUGAUCCUGAAAUUUGUAUGGUAAAUACUCAUGUGGAUUCAUAUUGCUGAUUUUACUCCUGACGUUGAUUCCCAGCUUCACUCGGUACAACAAGAACAGAUUUUGCAUAAAGAAGAUUUCAAGGUUUUUCUGAAUGACAGCAUUGAGAGUUUUAGUACAAAUGAUUUCACAACUUUCAGCUGGUUUUCCAUGGGGGCGGUGGGUUGACGACAUCGCAGAUGGUGAGAAUAAAGUCAUGGGAGUGUACGUCUCUGUGGUGGUUGUGGUUCUAAUCACUUGUGUUUAUGUAGUAAUUGUUAAGUCCCAAAGGAGGAAUGGAAGGGAAUUGCGACUUCCACCGGGUCCUAGAGGGUUACCCUUGAUCGGAAACCUUCUUUCGUUAGAACCUAAUCUCCAUGUAUACUUCGAAAAGUUAUCCAAAAUAUAUGGACUGAUUAUCAAACUUCAGUUUGGUAUGAAGUGUGUAAUUGUGGUGAGUUCUUCUUCACUAGCAAAGGAAAUUCUUAGAGAUCAAGAUGUUAACUUUGCUGGUAGGGAUAGACCAGUAGCAUUGUUAGCUUUGACCUAUGGGUGGAGUGAUAUUAUAUGGGGUCACAGUGAUCAAGAAUGGCGAAAACUUCGAAAAAUAUGCAACCAAGAACUAUUGAGUAACACAAGUCUUGAUUCUUGUUAUGCUUUGCGUCGAAAAGAGGUUAGACGAAUGGUGAAGGAUGUGUAUGGUAUGAUCAAUACACCUAUAAAUGUUGGUGAACAAGUGUUUGUAACAAUCCUUAACGUGGUAUUGAGCAUGUUAUGGGGUGCUACAAUUCAUGGGGAGGAAAGGAUUAAUGUUGGGAUAGAGUUCCAGCGGAUAGUGACUGGGAUGAAUGAGCUGGUUCUCAAACCCAAUAUUUCAGAUUUUUUUCCAAUUCUUGCAAGAUUCGAUUUACAAGGAUUUGAUAAGGAGGCAAACAAGCUUGUACGGGAGAUGGAUCAGAUAUUUCAUUCCGUCAUUGAUCAACACUUGAAAUUAGAUAAGGAGAAUAAUGAACACAGAGAGAAAAGUGGCAAGGAUUUCUUACAGUUUCUUUUGGAGCUCAUGGAGAAGCAGGAUUCUAAAACACGAAUAACUAUUAUCCAGCUUAAGGCCUUGCUCCUGGAUGUUGUUGCAGCUGGGGCUGACACUUCAAUCACUACGGUAGAGUGGGCGAUGACUGAGAUGAUGCAUAAUCCAGAAGUUAUAAGAAGGGCUCAGGAGGAGUUAGACCAAGUGAUAGGCAUUCACAAUGUGGUAGAAGAAUCUCACAUGAGUAAGUUGCAUUACUUGAAUGCAGUGGUGAAAGAGACAUUAAGGUUACAUCCUGGAGCACCAUUACUGGUUCCACAUUGUUCUAUUGCAUCUUCCAUAGUUGGUGGAUAUACGGUUCCUAAGGGUUCCAGAAUUUUUGUCAGCGCAUGGGCAAUUCACAGAGACCCAGAAGCAUGGAUUGAUCCAUUACGGUUUCAGCCAGAGAGGUUCUUAGGAAGUGAUGAUGACCCUCUUAAGAAAUAUGAUUACAGAGGUAACAAUUUUGAUUAUAUUCCAUUUGGAUCUGGGAGGAGAGUCUGUGUAGGAAUUAAUCUUGCCGAAAGAAUGGUAAUAUAUGUCCUGGCUUCUCUUCUGCAUUCAUUCGAUUGGAAAUUACCCGAGGGAACUAAACUUGAUUUCAAAGACACGUUUGGGAUUGUUUUAAGGAAAACAACGCCUCUUUCUGCUAUUCCUACAUUGAGGUUAUCAAAUCUUCAUCUUUAUGAAGAAAAUAUGCCAUGUUGAAAUGCUACCGGGGUAAUGGAAAUUUCAGCAGAUUACUUUAAAAGACGUGGCUGUUACGAAAAGAAAGUAAAUUUUCAGCAGAUUCAUUAGACAAAUAAAAUCUCAUUCAUGGAUUGUCAUUCUUAUGAUGGUCAAGUAGCUGUUGUUGGUGUGGAAUCAGCAAUUACCAAAACAGAUUGUAAUACAGCUUUUCCUUGAGAUGUAUAUUUUCUUGUUGUUAGCCGUUAGUUUUUGUGAAUGAGCGAAUAAGAUUGAUAGAUGUUUUAGAGUUUGUAUACGAAUAUGAUCGAUGGGUUAUUUUUGAAAGGAGCCAAUUAGAAGAAAACUAAAAAAGAUUUAGACUG